AUGGAAUUUUGUAGUAAAGAGUACAAAAUUGCCAAUACAAGCCAGAACAAUCACAAUAGCAAGAAUCGCCCAAGUGCUGAUUCAAGUUAUUGCAGCAGUGUGUCUGGAGGCCGCUCAUGGCGAAGAAGACAGGGUAAAAGAAACCCCGAAACAAAGUCUUCGAGUCUUUCUAUAAGGGUUAUACCAUGUGUUACAUUUGGAAUAACUAAGCCAGAAACAAAAGCUCUAAAAACUGAAUAUGUUCCAAUAGCAUCUGUUACGAAACCAGAUAUAAUAACCCCAGUAAGAAUUAGACAUAUACUGAAUCCACUGAUGGAUUUGCCUUCCAGGAUCAAUCACGAUAGCAAGAAUCGCCCAAGUGCCGAUUCAAGUUAUUGCAGCAGUGUGUCUGGAGGCCACUCAUGGCGAAGAAGAGAGGGUAAAAGAAACCCCGAAACGAAGUCUUCGAGUCUUUCUAUAAGGGUUAUACCAUGUGUUACAUUUGGAAUAACUAAGCCAGAAACAAAAGGUCCAAAAACUGAAUAUGUUCCAAUAGCAUCUGUUACGAAACCAGAUAUCAUAACCCCAGUAAGAAUUAGACAUAUACUGAAUCCACCGAUGGAUUUGCCUUCCAGGGAAGCAGAGAAGUGGAAUAGGCAGUGCAAGGGAAAUAAGGUUACUUCAUAG